UCCCGAAACUGCCGAUCUAUUGUGGAACACGCUGUAUCUCGAUUUCACCUUGCGACGGAAAACGGUGAACAGCGUAGUGAACUUGUCUUGCGUCAGUCUCACUACAAUUAGAAAUUGAUGUCACGUUGCUUUUUAUGUAGUUUUUGACCCAAGGACAAUUAAACCCGAUCUGUCCCAUCCGAUAUAAGCUACGACCCUGCCGUGGUGGAUGGGCUUACCUAACAGUGCCCAGACUGUUGACUGCCGAAAUUGAACAGUGCGAAUGGUGUAAUGUGCAACCCAAACCAUAGUGACCGUAUUGCGAUUCAUCUGGCAGCUAUAGCCGAAGCCAUUUACGUCAAGACGCUUACAGCACCAUCUAUUGGGAUUUUAUCUCAAGAACUGUCGCCAACAGUUUCAGGAAUAUUUGGAAAUCAUUCUAGCUAUAUCGCAGCGUCGUAUGUCAAGUAUGUGGAGGGGGCUGGAGGUAGAGUAGUACCUAUAUGGGUGAACCAGACCGAGUCCUAUUACAGAGAAGUAAUUAGUAGAAUCAAUGGACUUCUGCUUCCUGGUGGUGCUUCAUAUUUUACGAAUACUGAUGGCUAUGCAGCAGCAGGAGAAAUUUUGUACAAUUUAACCGUUGGUUUAAAUGAAAAUGGUGAUUAUUUUCCACUUUGGAGCACAUGUUUGGGAUUUGAACUGAUGCUAUAUUUAGCAGCUGGUCAAAGAGAACAUCGUUGUUCCUGUUCUGCAAAUGAUGUUGCUCUUCCUCUAGAGUUUACACAUGAUUUCAAUGAAAGCAGCCUUUUUGGUGCAGCUCCAGAGAAUAUUAUAACUGCUCUUGGGUCACAGAAUAUUACUGCCGAUUACCACAACUUCUGCGUAACUCAAAAGAACUUAACAGAAUUCGGCUUGAGUGGGCAGUGGCAUGUCCUCUCUGUGAACCAUGAUAUAAAUGGUUUGGAAUUUAUAUCAUCUAUCCAGUCAAGACUGUAUCCUUUUUAUGGUGUCAUUUUUCAUCCAGAAAAAAAUGCAUAUGAAUGGAAAUCAAAUAAAAACAUACCCCAUAGUUCAGAUGCAGUGGUUGCGAUGCAGUACUUUGCAAACUUUUUUGUGAAUGAAGCUCGUAAGAACUUUCACAGCUUUCCAACAGCGGAAUCUGAAGAGUCUGCACUUAUUUAUAAAUAUACUCCUACAUAUACUGGUGAUCAUCUUAUCUAUGAACAGUGUUAUUUUUUUGAUUACUGACAGUUACAGGUGUACUCGCCUGACAUUUCUGAAAGAAUAAUUUGUCAAUAAAUGAGAUGAGA